GACUGAAAAUAAAAUUUAUCUUGCAUAUAUCUAUUAAAAACUUAUUUUCCACAAAAUAAAUCUACCUAACCUUCAUGAUCCAAUCACCAUUUCCCUUCCUUCAUUCAUCUCCCCUCUUCCCCCUCUCUUCUUCUCCCUCUUUAGGGGUCAGACCAGUGGGCUUUCUGGACGCCGUUUUGAUGCUCGACUCGGGUUGGACCGGGUCCAACCGGGGUUCGUUAGGGGGUGCGGAUAGUAUAACAACACCUUAAGUGUUGUUACCGUAACAACAAAUCUAACUCAGGGUAAAAGAGUAAAUGAACAAAUUACAGAAAAAGAAAAUUGAAUUACAACUCAAAAAGCGACGGAUAGAAACUCUCGACUCUGCUCUCCCACUCUCUGCCUCCUCUGACCUAGAAGACCUCCGACUCCAUCCAUCCCUAGCCUCCGUCGAAGCUUUGUCCUUCACAACAACUGCAACAGUGUCGGCGACACAAAAUCGAGUUCCUCGGGGUCGACCAGCCUCCAACCUCACCGACGUUGCGACACUCUUCCAUGCCAGAUAUCGUCACUCUUCACUUUCUGUUCUCGAUUCUUCUUCAUCGACGGCUAAUCAAGAUGGUGGUGGAGAGGGUGGUGUUCUUCGGAGGUCGAAUCCUGGCACUCUGCAAUGCAGAUCCCGUUUCUCCUCCGCUGCCUCGCUUCUUUUGUUGCUGGUUGUUCUUCAUCAACGAGAAAUCAAGAUGGUGCUGAGAAGGCGGUGGUUGUUGGAGCCAGUCUGGUCAACCUACUUCCAUUCUCGUCAGAAAAUUUAGUUUCUCUAAUUGAGCGUGUUGGAGUCGGUCGGGAGUCGACAGAGGUUUUGAUGGAUAGAGGGUUGAAUGCAUGUGGCCCUCACAUAAACGAAAUCUUUCUGG